AUGAUUCCCCUACGACCGCUAUUAUCGUUACUGUCCGUUGCCAGCACGGCGCUGGCAAUUGGUCAGAAUGCGACUGUUGCUUUCAAUGCCUCAGCUGGAUCUCUCAGCCUGGCUUCAGGAGGCUCUUCCGUCCAGAUUAUGGCAGACUCCAACGACUGGCCUGCUGCGCUGAAAGCCGCUCAUGACUUGUCUCAGGACUUUGGCCGAGUCACCGGCACCAACGGAUCUUUAAUUUUAUCAAACAACUCUGAUACCUCUGGCGUACCGGCCUAUAACGCUGGCUCGUACUUCAGCGGCAACCCGAACAAUGCCUCGAUGAUCUUCAACAUCACUGGCUUGACCACAUUCGCAACCACUGCCCCUGGACCAAAAGGAGGUGUCAUCAUCGCAGGCACGAUUGGAAACUCGUCUCUCAUCGACACCUUGAUUCAAAGCGGCAAGAUUGAUGUGUCCGCCAUCAAUGGCACAUGGGAGGCCUUCACAUCCACCGUGGUGUUGAACCCGAUGGAAGGCGUGGAUGUCGCUUUAGUCAUUGCUGGCAGCGACAGAAGAGGAACUGUCUAUGGACUUUACGAUGUUUCUGAACAAAUUGGUGUUUCGCCAUGGUACUUCUGGGCCGAUUCGCCUCCCCACAAGCAUGAUUCGAUCUAUGCCAUGAAUACUACCAAAAUUCAGCCUUCUCCAUCUGUCAAGUAUAGAGGUUUCUUCAUCAACGACGAAGCACCAGCCCUAACUGGAUACGUCAACGAGAAGUUUGGCUUCAAUGAGUACGGCUCGAACUACGGUGCAGACUUCUACCACACCAUGUUCGAAUUGCUUCUUCGCCUCAGAGCCAACUACCUGUGGCCAGCUCAAUGGAACUCUAUGUUCAAUGUUGACGACCCACGAAGCCAAAAUAUGGCUGACGCAUACGGUAUUGUCAUGGGUACCUCUCACACUGAGCCUAUGAUGCGCUCGACCAAGGAAUGGAGCGAAUUCGGUAACGGAACUUGGUCCUGGGCAACCAACAACGCCUCCAUCUAUCCAUUCUUUGUUGAGGGAGCUGAAAGACUUCGCCCUUACGAAGGUGUCAUUACCAUGGGCAUGCGUGGUUCAGGUGAUACUGCACUCUCGGCUGGUAUUGAGACUGAACUUCUCGAGAAUGUUGUUGCUACCCAGCGCGAGAUCCUUGCACAAGUUUUUGGUAACGCCAGUAUCGGUGAUCCCGCCAGAAUUUCUUCUAUGUGGUGCCUCUAUAAGGAGGUCCAAGGAUACUACGAGGCUGGCAUGACUGUACCUGAAGAUAUCACGCUACUUUGGACAGACGACAACUGGGGCAACAUUCGAAGACUACCCGUUGGUAACGAGACAUCUAGAAGUGGAGGUGCUGGCGUUUACUACCACUUCGACUACGUCGGUGACCCAAGAGAUUAUAAAUGGAUCAACACUGUCCUCAAUCAGAAAACAUGGGAGCAGAUGCACCUCGCUUAUGAGAGAGAGGCCAGAAAUAUUUGGGUUGUCAACGUCGGAGACCUCAAGCCUCUUGAGCUACCCAUCUCUCACUUCUUCGAUCUUGCAUACGAUAUCAAUCGCUGGGACAAAGACAGCACUUCCGAGUGGCUCGAACUUUGGGCUGCCCGUGAGUUUGGCCCUGAAGUAGCAGCACAGACCGGAGCUCUCAUGAACACAUACUCCCUGCUUGCUGGCCGCAGAAAGUUCGAGGAGGUCGAUCCAAACACUUUCAGCUGGAUUAACUAUAACGAGGCCAACAAUGUUCUGGCCGAGUGGACUGCUAUCCAAAAGACUGCCCAAAGCAUUCUCGAUAAACUUCCAGCAGCCACACAGCCCGCCUUCUUCGAGAUGGUUUACCAUCCUGUUACAGCUGCUUGUACUUACUACGACAUCAUGAUAUCGGCCGCCAAAAACAACGUCUACGCCCAACAAGGACGUACUAGCACCAAUGCCAUCGCCCAACACGUGCAGAACCAGUUCACGUACGAUCAUCAGCUCUCGAAGUCCUACAACCAACUGCUAGGCGGAAAGUGGAACCACAUGAUGGACCAGACACACAUCGGCUACCAGUACUGGCAACAGCCUAUGAGACAAGCUCUGCCUCCUUUGCAGUAUGUGCAGAUGGCCGAGCGUGCAUUGACUGGUGAUUUGGGCAUCGCCGUUGAGGGUUCCAAUGCAACAGUUCCAGGUGAUGACAGAUUCCACUCUCUGUCGUCCAUGACUCUGUAUCUUGCAACUCUUGACCCUUACGGACCUGCCCGAUGGAUUGAUGUGUUCCACAGCGGCACUCAGAAAGUCACCUGGAACGUGCAAUCUAGCGUCCCAUACCUAAACUUCACUCAAAAGACUGGCACAUUGUCUCCCAACGGCACUACUGACACUCGCAUCUGGGUCUCUGUUGACUGGUCGAAGGUCAAGCCUGGUGCUAUCAACUCGACCACCAUCAACAUCACCUCGAGCACUGACUACGGUACUCAGUACAGUGUGCCAAAGGUUGUAAUUUCGUACAACAACACCGCUGCUCCUUCAAACUUCACCGGCUUCGUGGAGUCUGACCGUACUGUUUCGAUCGAAGCAGAGCACUAUUCAUCCAUCUCCAACGGUGGAAACUCUUCAGUCUCGUACGAGGUCAUUCCUGGUCUUUCGCGUACCCUUUCUGGUGUUACUCUAUUCCCUGUUACUGCAGACUCGCUCACCCCAGCCACCGCUCCUGCUCUUGAGUAUGACUUCUACACUUUCUCGAACUUGAGCUCCGGAGUCCUCAUGGACCAGAACAUGGGCACCAGCUCGAGGUAUACACCAAACACUGUCAAUGUUACACUGCUCCUCGGCACGUCGCUCAACACAAUACCAGACCGCCCUCUCCGCUAUGCCGUUCAAGUCGACGACCAACAACCCCAGGCACGUCAAUACAUCUUCGACCAACCUCAAGGUGCCAACCCCACUGGCUGGUUGACCGCUGUCGCAGAUGUCAUUUGGUACAACACGACCACUUGGAAUUACUCGGGCCCUGGCGCGCAUAAGCUGAAGAUUUGGGAGCUUGAGCCUGGUGUUGUGCUCCAGAAGGUUGUUGUUGAUCUUGGUGGUGUGAGGAAGAGUUACUUGGGUCCUCCUGAGAGCCACAGAGUUUAA